AAUCUCGGCUCCGCCGCCGUUGAAAAGAGUAAAAAGAAGAUUGCGUGGUAAAUAUAAAAUUCAUACAUUUUUUGUUUUAUAUUCAUACAAGAAGGUUGAAGUUGACAUAAGUACAAAAAUUUACUGAUUCCGCACGUGAGCCGGAAGUCGCUGAUUCUGUGGCACGCACCGCGGCGAUCCACGGCUGGAUCGACGUUGUAAAGUGUUUAAUUGUGUACAAAGCAGAUGAUCGCUGGACAAACACGGGUCAGAAAUGAAUGGAAGUCACUUUGAACCAGGACCUGUACCACCUGUCCACCUCCUCUGCCCAACAAGUGCGAUUGGGAGAUAGACCCUGAAGAAUUGGACUUGUCUAACUCAACUCUUGUGGGGUAGGGUUCUUUUGGUGAGAUACUAAAAGCUAGUUGGUGGGAAACACGGAACACCAGUAGCUGUCAAGCGAAUUCUUCCGAGCCUUUCAGACGGCAGAUUAGUGAUGAAAAAGGGGCUUUGAGUUUGUCAACUGCAAUCAAUUUUGCAAUGGAUAUUGCGAGGUAAAAUGUGGUUAUUGUCAUUUUGGUUUACCAAGAAAUCCGAAACUUACAGUACAUCAUUGACCACUCGUCUCAAUCCCUCUCUAUCAUAAAGCUGUGUCUCCUAUUUUCAUGCUUAUCUUUUUUUAUGGCAGCAAAUGUACUCAUCUGAAUACAUACUUUAGUAACCUGCUGUUUAGAAAUGGGGGUAUGGGGGAAUCAAGGAUAAGGCUUGGGCUUCCCUAAAUUUGAAAAUGUUUGGCUUUUCCUAUAUCUGCCAUAUAACACCCAGCAAUAUCAAUAUGAGAUCAUUAUGCAGCAAUAAUUACAGUAUAUCUCAAAUAUGAAAUGGUGCAAUUUAUGUUAUUGUAGUACUUAAAAAUACUAAGUUUUAUGCUCCUCUGAAUGUUUUAAUCAUGUUUGGAAUAAAGGCAUGGCGUAUCUCCACAGUGAGCCAAAUGUUUUAGUACACAGAUCUCAAACCAAGGUUAGUAGGUGGUCUCAUGUAUGGUGAGAAUAGAGUAGAAUUGCUGCUGAUUUCCAUUUAGCUCGCAAUGGAGUCUGUGCUGACCGUCUGUAUAGAUUCUGGUCUUUCCCUAUAUGAUGAUAAAAAGCAGUGUGUUUCCAACGUUCUACUUGUCAAUAGCAGCGCCAACCAUCGAAAAGUGGGAGAUUUUGGGUUAAGCAAGCUCAUCAGGGUAAAACAUUCUCAUGAUGUUUACAAAAUGACUGGUGAGACUGGAAGCUACCGUUACAUGGCGCCUGAAUUCUUCAAGCACAGGAAAUAUGACAAGAAAGUCAAUGUUUUCUCCUUCAGGAUGAUAUUAUACUAGAUUCUCGAGGGAGACCCUCCGAUGUCACAAUAUGAACCAUAUGAAGCAGCUACAUAUGUAGCAGAAGGACACAUACCAAUAUUCAGAUCAACAAAAGUUAUUCCCAAACUAAAGGAGUUAGCUGUGCAGUGUUGGUCUGCAGACAUGAACCAGAUGCCACCUCACUUAGAGAUUUUGAAGAUACUUGAAAAGAUAGAAGAGUACCUCCUGAUAAUCACAGGCACCUACUCAUUUCAUGAUGCGCCAUGGAUGUUGCUGGACAAGGUGCCAGAGCUGCAGGCCUGAGACAGAUAACGAAACUAGAAGCGACAGAAAACUGAGCCACGCCAUUUUGGAGUUGGUCGAUAUAUUUAACAGUUGCAUUUCUUUUUCCCUGUAGAACAAGUAAUAUAUCUCGUCUUGAAUGAACUGGACUGUAUUGUACAUAUUCUUCAACUCAAGUUCCAUUGCCUGAAGAUGAAAAUCCAUCAAGUAUAGAGAGUAAGAGGUAAGCGAGAGAGUGAGAGCACUUACAAGAAGGGAACC